GCGGAGUGGCAGAGCAGGAUAGAAGGGCAGGACUGGCAGGGUGCAGUCUCGAGUGGCAACUGAUCGCUUGGAUCGCUCAAAUCGCCCAAUUUCAAUUGAAAAAGCAACGCGGGAAGUAUGCGCCACUGAGAAGCAACUUUUUUCGGAGUCCGGGACAAACGGACAAGAAGGACAAACGGCAGAACCAGCGGUGUUCCUCCUCGUUUGACAUUGACAGCUCCUCGGUGGCAAACCACAGCGCCAAGAAGACAAUCUGCGACCACUGUUCACAACAGAAGAUCGACUUUGAACCUGUUUGUUUAAAUAAUCAGGCUUUACAACUCCAUGCCCAUAUCUAUUGGGUCCCGACUGGAAGAAAGACGUUACAGUUACGCGGCAGCGUUUGUACAACACCGGACGCGGCAGAGACAUUGAACUUUUACCCCGCUGCUGGUAUCAUAAAACGCAUUCGGCUAAAAUUGUUGUAUUUUUUGGGGGGAGCUUUUAUGGACAGUUCCUGUGCGCAAGUAUGAUGUCGUGGAUUAGACCGAUACGAUAUUAAAGAUUCUGUCCUCUACCCCCCAUCCCUUACCCCGUGGGGGGAACAAGAAGUAUCCAGGGGGAGAGGGUAGCUUGAGACACCACGGCGACCUGUGCCACCUUCCCACUCCGCGUCGGAGUGCCCGGCCCGGCCGGUCUGGGCGGGAUGCGUCGCUCCGUUCUUGUGGGCCUCUUCAUGGGGUGCACCCUGCUGCUCGCACCUGUAACGGAGAGCUGUGGACCGGGGAGGGGAUAUGGCAAGAGACGUCCGCCGAAGAAGCUCACACCCCUCUCUUAUAAGCAGUUCAGCCCCAACGUUGCCGAGAAAACACUGGGAGCCAGUGGCAAACACGAAGGGAAAAUAACGAGAAAUUCAGAACGGUUCAAAGAGCUCACUCCCAACUAUAACCCUGAUAUUAUAUUUAAAGAUGAGGAGAAUACCGCUGCCGAUCGACUUAUGACCCAGCGUUGUAAAGACAAGCUGAACUCCCUGGCCAUCUCUGUGAUGAACAUGUGGCCUGGGGUGACGCUGAGAGUGACAGAGGGCUGGGACGAGGACGGGCACCACUCAGAGGAUUCCCUCCAUUACGAGGGAAGAGCGGUGGACAUCACCACGUCUGACCGGGACAGGAACAAAUACGCCAUGCUGGCUCGCCUGGCCGUGGAGGCCGGCUUCGACUGGGUCUAUUACGAGUCCAAGGCCCACGUGCACUGCAGUGUCAAAUCAGAGAAGUCAGUCUCAGCAAAGACCGGUGGCUGUUUCACUGGUCGUUCUUUGGUCACUCUGGAUGACGGGAGCAGCAAGGGCGUGUUCAGGACCCUCCAGCCAGGCUCUCUCUCUCUCUCUCAUUCUCGGGCUGACGGCAGCAGGAGCGGAGGAGACCUCGUAUACAGUGAGUUCUUCACCUUCCUGGACCACGAGCCUGCAGCGAGGAAACAGUUCUACGUGUUGGGAACAGAGACGGGAGCAAACCUGACCCUCACUGCAGCUCAUCUUGUGUUCGUGACCGAGAGGAACUGUUCAGUGGGGGAAUCGUCCAAGGGGGCUGUCAUGCGGACUAUGUACGCCAGCGACGUACGGCCAGGGCAGUGUGUGCUGACUGCAAGGGGAGCAGGGGGAGACAAGGGACCACAAGCCCACCUCUCCCCAGUCGCCUGGAUCCAUAUCCAGGUGGACACCGGGGCCUUCGCCCCCCUGACAGGCCACGGCUCAUUGGUGGUGGACGGCGUUCUAGCCUCGUGCUACGCUGCUAUGGACCAGCACCACCUAGCCCACUGGGCCUUUGGUCCCCUACGCCUGCUGUACAGCUGGACUGGGCUAGGGACUAUGCAAGGAGACGGACUACACUGGUACUCACAGGUCCUGCAUUGGAUAGGAAAAUUCCUACUGGACCCUGGACACUUCCACCCCUGGGGGGUGGCCACGCAUGAUGUGCAGAGAUAGAGAGAGAGAACAGAGAGACAGGGUAGAGAACAGAGAGUACAGAGUAGACAACAGAGA